CCCACUGAGUUGAAUGUAGUCCAAGAAUCAUGAUUUUUAUUCAACGAGUAAGUAAAAGUACAACACACACACAAUAUCCCAUAUCCACAAAUGCCAAAUCUCUUUAGUUGAAGCGUUUCACUUUCAAGAAAACCAGAAAAUUAUCUCUUUUUUCCCCCCUUCUUUAAAUCCAUCUAGACUCGACUCAGCUCAUUUUUCCAUUUCAACAAGCUUCUAGGGCUUUUCCCUACUCUUUAAAUCUCACCAAAAUCCCCACUACGAGCUAACAAUACCCUCUUACUCCUACUAUACAUAUAUAUUCAACUUCAACUGCUCUUUUUCACUGUAAAAGCUCUAUAUAACAAUACCUUAUUGAACUUUGAGAAUUGAAGGCGAUGGUGGACUCAGACACUGAGUCGGGAGGAGGUCCAAACAACGCAUCCAACGCAGAUCUUUCUUCCCCGAAAGAGCAAGACAGGUUCUUGCCAAUCGCUAACGUUAGCAGGAUCAUGAAAAAGGCUUUGCCCGCCAACGCCAAGAUUUCCAAGGAAGCUAAAGAGACCGUCCAGGAAUGCGUGUCGGAGUUCAUCAGUUUCAUCACCGGGGAAGCCUCCGAUAAGUGUCAAAAGGAGAAGCGGAAGACCAUCAACGGUGACGAUCUGCUGUGGGCCAUGACUACCUUAGGUUUCGAAGAUUACGUCGAGCCUUUGAAGGUUUACUUGCAGAGGUUUAGGGAGAUGGAAGGGGAGAAGACCGCCGUAGCACGUGAUAAAGACGCGCCUCUUGCUGGAGGCGUCGGUGCUGCUGCUGCUGCUGGUUCUAGUGGGAUGUAUGGGAUGAUGGUACACCAGCAGCAUCAAGGCCAUGUGUAUGGUUCUGGUGGGUUUCAUCAGAUGGGCCGGGGCCCAAGGUAGAGUUUCUUCAUCACUCACACGUGUAUGGUUGUUAUUAAUUUGAUAAAAGAAAAUCUGGUUUGGUUUCGGUUCGGCAUACUUGGUUGGGCCGGGGAUAAGGCCUUGCUAAUUUAUUAUUGGGACACGUGCACGGUUGUGAUAGCUUGUAUGUUUGAGGAGAAGGUAGUGUCUGCUUUCACUUUUCACACCCUUGAUUUGAGGUUUAGUACUAGCUUGUAUCUACAAAAUUGGAGUGAUGUUAAGCUUUUAAGAAUUAGGGUUUUGAAUUUAGGGUUUACUUACUAUAAAAAGGAAAUAACUAAAAAAUUAUGUGUUGAAUAAUAAUUCGGGGAUUUUCUUAUUUUGUUAAAUGAUAAUCGAUAGAAUCAUAUUCCUCAAA